AUGGAUCUAGGAACUGCUGCCGCUGCUUUGCUUGGUGGUGCUACUGUCGCCAGUUAUCUAAACGCCAAAUUCCAUAUCAAGAAAGACGUGUCAGGCAUUCUCACAGCGAAGAGAGCAGAGCGCGAAUAUGCUCGGGCUGUCAGCCAUAACCGCGGAAAUCCAUGGUUUGUCUUCGUGGAGACCGUGAAGCGCCACCCUGAUAUGAGCUGCCUUUGGACUCGCGAAAAGUCAUAUACAUACCGAGAAGUGCAAGACCAGGCCUGCCAAUAUGCCCACUUUUUCCUAUCGCAGGGAGUGAAGAAGGGCGAGCUUGUAGCUGUUUAUCUUCAAAACAGUGCAGAGUUUAUGGCGGUGUGGAUAGCCCUAUGGAGCAUUGGCUGUGCUCCUGCUGCCAUCAAUUACAAUCUUGCUGGUGAUGCGCUCCUGCACUGCUUGAAGAUCAGUGGCUCGAAGAUUCUCCUAGUCGACGAAGAUUCCGGCUGCCAGGCGCGGGUAGGGGAAUCUCUGGAUGCCAUCGCUGGCCUUGGAAUGAGCCCCAUGACACUAGAUGGCUCCCUAAAAGCGCAAAUCAGCACGCUCCCGACGUCUUUGCCACCAAAAGAGCUAGCAAAGGGUAUCAAGGGCGAGUUCCCGGCUAUUCUGAUCUAUACCUCGGGUACCACUGGUUUGCCCAAGGGAUGCGCAUUCACUAUGGCUCGACUUUACACCACUCUCUUUAUACGCCAGGGGAUGAUGGGGGAUAAACCUGGCCCGGACGGUGACCGAUGGUACAGUUGCAUGCCUUUAUAUCACGGUACUGGUGCGAUAUCAUUGGCCUCGUGUCUGGUCAUGGGAGUCAGUAUCGCGAUCGGUCCCAAGUUCAGCGUUCGCAACUUCUGGAAUGAUAUUCGCGACUCCGAGUCGACUAUCUUUGUCUAUGUUGGCGAGACCGCUCGCUAUCUACUUGCUCCGCCGCCCUCGCCCCAAGACAAGAACCACAAGGUCCGCUGCAUGUAUGGUAAUGGCCUUCGCCCAGACGUUUGGGAGCAGUUUCGCGAGCGAUUCGGGGUUGCAGAGGUGGGAGAGUUCUUCAACAGCAGCGAGGGGAUCUUCGGUCUCUUCAAUUACAAUUGCGGUCCAUUCACGGCCGGCAGUGUUGGCCACCAUGGGCUGAUUAUGCGUGGGGUAAUGCAUAAUGUCUAUGUUCCGGUAGCAAUUGACCCCGAAACUGGUGAUAUUCUUCGGGAUUCCAAGACUGGCUUUGCGGUUCGCUCGCCUUAUGACCAGGGUGGCGAGAUUCUCGUCAAUAUCCCCGGGGAGGAUGUUUUCCAAGGAUACUGGCGCAAUUCGGAAGCCACUAAUAAGAAAUUUUUGCGUGAUGUCUUCAAGAAGGGAGAUCUUUACUAUCGCUCUGGUGAUGCUCUACGUCGACUUAGUGAUGGUCGUUGGUACUUCCUUGACCGACUAGGGGAUACUUUCCGUUGGAAGAGUGAGAACGUCUCCACUGCCGAGGUCGCUGAAGUUAUCGGCCAAUUCCCUGGUGUGGCCGAGGCCAACGUAUAUGGAGUCCGUCUCCCUAAUCAUGAAGGACGAGCCGGUUGUGCAGCGAUCCAAAUUAGCCCAGAAGCCCGUCAGAACUUUGAUUACACAGCACUUGCCCGCUUUGCCCGCGCCAAGCUACCUCGAUAUGCUGUUCCGCUCUUCUUGCGUGUUGUCGAGAAUCCUACUCACAUUCAUAACCAUAAGCAGAACAAGGUACCUCUCCGUGACGAGGGCGUGGACCCUGCACUCCUUGGUACCAAGGCACCAGAAGGCAAGGAUGAUCAUUUCCUUUGGAUUGCUCCCGGUGAAGACAGCUAUUCGCCGUAUGGACAGAAGGACUGGAAUCAAUUGUCAGAUGGAAGCGCUCGGUUGUGA